UUAGCUCUAAUAAGUACGUUUUGGAAGCCAGCUCGGGGUAUUCGAAGAUAGAAGAUUUUUUUAUUUCGGUUGAAAGAGCAUUGCGAGUAGGUGUUCUGGGAAAAAUUAGCACCGGUGCGUGUCUAUUUUGAUUGAUUGGUGGAAAGUAGAUCGAGUAGCGUGUCGUGUGUGUGCACACACUGGAAGAAGCCAUUCAGGUGGAUGAAAAUUUGCGUUUUCUGCCCCAUUGCGGCGAAAGUGGACGAAGAGAAGUUCUGGUGUGCCUCGAAGAUAAACAAAACAGAUUUUCAAAAUCCGAAGGAAGAAAAUUUUUGCAACUAGUGGAUGAAAAACGAAUGCAUUAAUUAGCAUCAAGAGUGCAGCAACGUUGCCGUUGGUGAAGUGAUUCGAGUGCAAUUAUCAAAGCUUCUUCGCACUCAACUACGAAACGUGUUCGCGUCAUCGGAACUACGGUAUCAAGAAGUGUGGUGGCGACGGCGGUUGGUGCGGCAGUAAGUUGUUGAUGUGCCAAAAUCAGUUCGACGACGCGCCAGAGAAGAUCAUCCAAGAGAGCGUAGCGUCGCGGUGGUAAAAAAAGAUUUCCCGACUGUUGUUGGUCAGUAAUAUCACGCUCGGUCUAUAGAGUCGUUGUGAGUGAGCAGAAAGGAAUCGAAAAAAAAAAACCAACGCGGCAAAGUGGAAGGAAAUUGCAAACGAAAGUGAAUAUUGAAGCGGGCGAAGAAGAAGAAGAAGAGUGAGGUUAAUCGAAGAUCGUGUCGGUGACGGUGAUCGGUGAUCGGUUCAAGUGGCAAUUUGGCAGACCAGCAGCAGCCGUAGUAGCAAGGGUGGAAAAAUGUCCUCGUCGCCGCUGUUGACCAGCUAUACCCUGCGCAUCCGAAGUGACACCAGUCCGGUAACGGCAACGGCCACUUUUACGCCCGGCGGUGGUACGUGCAGCAGUUCGUUCAAGAAGCUCAUCCUGAACGACGCCUCCUCGGCGAGUACCAAUUCGGGCGAAUCGACGGAUCCGCUCGAGUCGGAUUUCAGUGCCGAGGAGGAAGAGGAAGAGGAAGAGGAGGAGGAGGAAGAGGAGGAAGACCACAGCAGACGGUUCAGGGUCAUAAAACCGGACGACGACGACGACGACGUUGACGAAGAGGAAGAGGAAGAAGAAGAGGAGGAGGAAGAAGAGCCAUCAAAACCAAGAAAGUUAGACAAAGACGAAGACGAAGACGGCGACGACGACGACGGUGACGAAGACGACGACGACGAAAACGGCGAAGAAGACGACUCAAGUGUCGGACAGACAGCCAAAAGUGAGCACCAGAAUGCUCGAAGCCGAAACUCUUCCACUGAUGAUGAUACUCGGGACAGCGGCGAUAGUGACGAUGAUUCUGAUGAUAUAUCUGAUAAGAAUAAUAAUAUCAGCGGAGUUCAUUGCAAACAACCGCGGCAGUAUGAUCUGGAUGAUUUUCAAAUACUGAAAACCAUAGGUACCGGUACGUUCGGGCGGGUUUGUCUCUGCCGGGACAAAGUGACCGACAAGUACUGGGCGAUGAAGAUCCUAGCCAUGGCCGACGUGAUACGGUUGAAGCAAAUCGAGCAUGUCAAGAAUGAGAAGAACAUCCUGCGAGAGAUCGAUCAUCCCUUCAUUGUGAACAUGCGAUGGCACGCCAAGGAUGACUGCUGCCUGUACAUGCUGUUCGAGUACGUUAGUGGGGGAGAGCUGUUCUCCUACCUGCGCAAUGCCGGCCGUUUCGACAAUGCCACGGCGAAUUUCUACGCUUGCGAAAUCGUUCUCGCCCUGGAAUAUCUGCACUUCCAGUCGGUCGUCUAUCGGGACUUGAAGCCGGAAAACCUGCUCCUGGAUCGGGACGGGCACCUCAAGAUCACCGACUUCGGAUUCGCAAAAAAGCUGAAAGAUCGAACCUGGACCCUGUGCGGGACGCCAGAAUACCUGGCACCGGAAAUCAUCCAAUCCAAAGGGCACAACAAGGCGGUCGACUGGUGGGCGUUAGGGGUUCUUAUCUACGAGAUGGUCGUCGGAUAUCCACCUUUCUACGAUGAUAAUCCGUUCGGUAUUUACGAGAAAAUCCUCAGCGGAAAGAUCGAGUGGUCGCGGCACAUUGAACCCAUUGCCAAGGAUCUGGUCAAGAAGCUGCUGGUGCAGGACCGGACCAAGCGGUUGGGAAAUAUGAAGAAUGGAGCCGAAGACAUCAAGAGGCAUCGAUGGUUCAAGCAUCUCGAUUGGGAUGUCGUGAUAAAAAAACAGUUGAAGCCUCCUAUUGUGCCAAAGUUUGUUUUCGAGGGCGACACCAGCAACUUUGACGACUACCCGGAAACGGACUGGAAAUCGGCCCGAUCGCUGGACAAGGUCGAAAUGCAGCUGUUUGAAGAUUUCUAAAACUACUGCAACAUUUGCACCCUGAGUUAGACAGAAAAUGUUAUACAAACACACACACACACACACAUGUCUUAGUACAGUAAAAAUGGAUGAUUGCAAGUGGAUUAAAAAUGUUGCUACUUAUAAGACAACACUAAAAUAUUUAUGUUUAAAAAUAUUUAAAAGAAAAAUGGAGAAAAAACGAGAUAGAGAGACAUACAAAAGCUCUUUCCCCAAAUCUUAAACGAGUCAGAAAAGAACGUACUAGAAUAGCUUUAUAAAACAGUUAGUAAAGAAUACAAUAAAAAAAAAACUACUCAAUUAAGGAGAUUUGUUGUAUGAGGAAACCUUUUUUUGUUGUUGUAAAUAUUGUUUCAUUGUUCACAUGAUGGAAAUUGUUACAAAUCCUCAAGACUUACGGAUCAAUUAUUGAAAUGUUCCCAACUUGAUAGUGUACUUAGUGUGUAUGAUUGGAAGGCACCAUUUAAAUGUUAAGGCAACAGUUUUUUUUUGUUCUUUACUCAUUAAGACAAGUCCUAAGGAAAGGGAGCUCUAGAUCCUAGCGUAGAAUGACGAUAACCCUUAACCAAUAAGUUAUUUAAAAAGAAACAACCACAUUCACUGUGAUAGAGAGAGAGAGAGAAACCGAGGUUUGUUUAGCAAUCCCUAAAAACAUACAAACGAAACUUUGCUUUCGAUUAACCAUCACCUACUAAUCAGAUAAGUGAUGAAUAGAUUACGACUAAUCCAACCCACAGAUCCAUUUUGCGAUUGCGAUAGAGAGAAGGGAAAUGAACAAAAUCUAUGAGUUUUAAGUCUAUAUCAUAUUUGUUUUUUGUUGCUUUGUAUAUCUAAGGAGUGGAGAGCUGACGAACAGGAAGAGGAUUCCUAAAUUAAUAUCUUCAUAACUGAUUGAGAUAAUCACCGUCGUCGCCACUGGCGUUGCAAUCAAGAAAUCUAGCCAUAUCUUUGUUUUUCAAUUUAUCAUCUUAUCUACCAGUGGAAUUCCAACCGAAUUCCGUUUCGUUUGUACGUAACCGCUUUAAUGAAGCUAGAUUUAAAACGAUUGUGCCCUUCGAACUGUUCAAUGAUCCAAGAUCAAGGUAAUCGCCCAGCCGCAGAAAGCAUAAUAGCAGUUAGAGUCGUCUACCUACAUGUUUC